AAAGAGCAUCAAGUGGUCUCAGCGGGAGAUUAUCGUGCACCUUCGAGGCACCGUCGGAUCCAAGCCGACCGACCGACCGACCGACCGACCGAAAAACUCUCAGAGAGAGAGGAGGAGGAAGAACCGAUCGAGGAGGGGGAGUCGAGCGCAAGAAGCCGGGCGGUAACCUAUCGCAUCUCUUUUACUCCAUUUCGUUCUCGCCCUCCUCUCCACCUUUCGCCGCCCGUUUUCUUCCCCGUCGCGCUUCUCCUCGGAUCUUAGGCCAAUUCCUCGAUCCAAUCCAUUUCUUUUGUUCUCCAACCGCUUCGAUCCUCUCGAGCUCGAUCUCGAUCUCCUUCGUUCUCGACCUUAAAAUCUAAUCCUUGUUCGAGUUCUCGAAUUCUUGGAACUGGAAUUACCCGCAUUGGGUCGCAUCAAUCGUCAUGUUUCAAGAUAUCUCCGUUCUCCGGUUUUUAAGGUUAUUAUCGAGUGCUAUUGUUGUGUGAAAUCCUAGAUCAAGCGCCAUUCUCGCGAACUACAUCGUGUUCUCGAGGGGAUAUCUUCAAGUGGUGGGCGUAAUUUUUUUCUUCAUGCUAACUCACAAAUCUAUUUGAUGGAAUAAUGUUUGGACUGACGAUGAUGGAUCAAGUACCCAGCUGUGGACGACUUGGAGAAGAUAAUAAUUCUCUAUGAUGCACUACUUAAUGAAGAGAAAGUGAUCCACUUGUAUGGGCAUUCGGUAUUGAGGAGAUGUCGCUGAAACUACCUCAGGGGUUCUCCUUCUUUAGAAGUGUUGGUUGGUUUGACGACAAGAAGGGUGACUCGGCUGCCAACCACAAUUUUACUCCUUCCUUCAAACUCCAAACAGAUAAAGAGAUAUACAGGCCAGGUGAUUCAGUCACUGCAACCAUAGAGAUUUGUUGUCCGAAAAUUUCUAAGGGAGUUACUGAUGCAGAGCAUUCGAGUGAUGGCAUCUCUUCAUUCUUGGUCGAUAACCUUACAUUUGAAAUUAAAGGCAUUGAGAAAUUGGAUACUCAGUGGUUUGCUACACAGAAGCCGUUGCCUGGAUCAAAACAAAGGAGAGGCGAGCAAUUGUUUCUGAACUCUAAGGCACCAAUAAUGGUAUCAAAAGUGAUUGUUUCUUCUGGGGCUACCAAAACAUAUUUAGUACGAGUUGAGCUGCCAAAGGUUUUACCACCAUCUUACAGGGGUAUCAGCAUUCGCUAUAUAUAUUAUGUUAGAAGUACAUUAUGUGGAUGGUGGCUUGUAUUGGAGAACGACGAUCAUAAUAGGUGCACGAAUAAUUUAAUUCAAUUGGAAGCUCGAGCUCCUUUGCAAAUAUGGGUCUCGCAAAAGAGCAACAACUUGCUGAAUGAAGGAAGUUUACCUCUUGCAGCUGAUCAGUUGGAAAUGCAUUGGAGAGAAAAAGACGCAGAUUCUGAAUGGUGCAUGCUAAUCUCAUGGCAGGUUCGAGCAAACGAGAAUUUUUAUGGAUUGGAAGACGGAUAUGAUAGUUCGAGAGAUGAAGUGUCAUCUGUUUCCUCCUACAAUCCUACCAAAGGAAAUGCUGACAUAACCCCUAGAAACUCUCUGUCCUUACUGUCAAUUGCAUCAACGCUUUCUAAUAAUGAAUUCCAAUAUUCUCACGGAAUGCGCCCUGGUUUUCCUUCCUAUAAUCCACUUCCUCGACUGUCUGUAGCUGAGGUCGUAGAUGAUCCUGGUGGAGUGUUGUUGUCACCUCAAAAGAAGCUUGAUAAUUCAUCAUCUGCUCCCUCUCCAAGUCAGCAAAGGAACUCUCAAGAUUCUUAUUUCUCUAAAGAUGACAUUGGAUCACCUCAUGCAUCUAAAUCUGUUGAAUCGGUGGCAUCAGAAGGCUUCAUUCGAGGAAGGUCCUACAAUAUCAGGAUAGAUGACCAAAUUUUGCUUCGGUUCUCCCCAAGGAACUCUGACUCAACUUAUUAUUUUGGAGAUAUGAUAGGUGGAACUCUUACCUUUUUUCAUGGAGGAGUUAGAAGAUGCCUAGAGGUCUCAAUAACAUUGGAGACAUCAGAAACAAUUAACCAGCAUUUUGUCCAUACUUCAAGAAGGAGUUUGCCUACAAUCACAAAGAUACAAAGUGAGCAUCAUGAGGUAGUUGCGGAUUUGGUUCAGACAAGCUUUCUUUUUUCAAUUCCUAUUGAUGGGCCCAUGUCCUUCUCCAACCCGAAAAUUUCAGUGCAAUGGUCGCUUUGCUUUGAAUUUUUCACCACUCCCAAGAAUCUGGACUUGACUAGGUACGAACAUCCUCUUCUUAUUGAGCAAAGAGAAAAAGGCAAUUGGGUUCUUCCUAUAUCUGUAAAUGCACCUUCUUUACGGUCACAGGCCGUGCAAACCAGAAAUGAGAAGCCAUUGUCUCUUGGAAAUUUUUUUCACACUUGAAGGUUAACAAAAAGUUAUUUUAUCGAAUUAUUGAAGAUUGUCAGCCAGAGAAUCACCGAGACUAAAAUAUCAACUUGUUAUCAUGAGGUACUGUUAGCUGCUUUCAUGUGGUUUCAAAUUGUCAAAACGCCAUCCAGCUCCUCAGAGCUUCCUUUCGGGGGUGGUGGUGGCACCAUUAUGUACUACCAACACUUCAAGCUAUAAAGUUCAGGUUGAAACAUGGAAGUCUUACUGAUGAUGAAGCACCAUGAAUCUUUUGCUGUCGGAUCCCUAAUAUAAGUUUCUGUUAUUCUUAAUUUAUCAAAAUUAAAUUGCUCUCUGUGAUCGUCCAGAUUGUGCAUAUUAAGCAGUGGCAUUAUUUUUUAUUUUUCUCAAGGUAUAGUGCGUAAACAAUGUAUGUUUUUUUUAUAGUGUCAGAAAGACGACCAUCAACUAGUCUCUUGCAGAAGAAAUCA